GAAUCUCAAGCGACAUGCACUGAAGCACACGGAGGGCGGCUUAAAUCGCUAUAAGUGUCAGUUGUGUGGCUUCAGCAGCCAUCGCUCAGACAAGAUGAAGGAGCAUGUGCAGCGCGUUCACACUGAGAAGGCUGUGCAAUUGGAACUGUCGGAGACUGUAGACAGCUCAUUUGAGAACAAAAUGCCAGAUGACUUUGAUUUGCCACUGAUGGUGGAUACGGCGACAAUUGUCAAUGGCAAAGAGACGAAGAAAAGAUCACGCAAAGUCGCAGCUGAAGUGAAGCCGGCAUCGAUUGUUAAACGUCUAAAGACACUGCUGCCAAAGGAAACUGUUGACUAAUAAGGAAAACUGUUAGUAACCAUUGAAGAUUUUCAUGGACUUGAUCAUUUGACUAAGAAUUGUCGAACUAAUUAAUGCUCUACUUGCAAAUCGAAAUAAAAUUACGCAGCUGAGCACUUGUUAUUGAGAGUGCAGAGAGAAACACAGCUACUUGAUGAAUGUGAUUGCUGUAGGAGCUUUCCUCUCACACGCUGCAACGAAGUCACAGUCAUUAUUGUGUCAGACAUCGAGUCGUAGAGACGUAGAAUUCACAAAGUUAAAGCAUUUUUUUGGGAACAUCCGAAGAACUGUAUCUACAAUGUCUGAGGCGCAUUUUGACGAAUAUGAACACUAUAAUUUCGAUCAUGACAAGCACAUAUUCUCGGCUCACAGCGGCAAGCAGCGAUCGAAGAAAGAAGCCAGCGUUCAUACAAAUCAUUUUGAUCCCUCGGGUCAUUCUAGAAAGAUUUUAACUAAGCUGAUAAACACCAACAACAACAAAAAAAGCUUCCAAAAAUUACAUGUUGAUGAAUGAAAAGUGAAAAGUAACAGAAAGUACAUGUAUUACUUUAAACCAAUUUAGUAACUAUUUGUAGAUAUUGUAUUUAAAAAUAAAAAGAAAUUCAAUAAUAAUUUGUAUACCUCAAAUAUAGUGAAAAGAUAAUAUUUUGUUUUGUAGC